AAUCUCCGCGCGGCGCAGACGGGAAGCAGUCCGAGCAGAUCCGCCGACGAGCCGCCGACGAGCCGCCAUGCCCUCCGCCAGUAAGUCGUGGCUGCUGCUCAGCGGCUUCGUGCUCUUCUACAUCAUCUACCUGCUGUUCGGGGCGCUGGUUUUCUCCAGCAUCGAGCGGCCGGCGGAGGACGAGCUGCGCCGGGACACGGAGCGGCUGAAGGAAGCCUUUCUGAACCAGAGCUGCGUCAGCGCCGCGACCCUAGAGCUGUUCCUCAGCAGAGUCCUGGCCGCCAACAAGCACGGCGUGUCCGUCCUCAGGAACUCCUCCGGCAGGUCCAACUGGGACCUGGCGUCCUCCAUGUUCUUCGCAAACACUCUCGUCACCACUGUAGGUUACGGCCACCCGACCCCCCUGUCUGACGCUGGGAAAGCGUUCUCCAUCGUCUACGCGCUGAUAGGCGUUCCCUUCACCAUGCUGGUGCUGACCGCCUGCGUCCAGAGGGUCAUGCAGCCUCUGGUCCUCGCCCCGGUCGGCCUCCUGCAGCGCUCCGGCCUCAAGCCGCGGCCGGCCACCGUCGUCCACUUCCUGCUGCUCCUGGCGGCGGUGGUGCUGUGCUGCAUCCUGGCGCCGGCCGCCGUGUUCAGCGCCCUGGAGGCGUCCUGGACGUUCCUGGACAGCGUCUACUUCUGCUUCAUAUCGCUGUGCACCAUCGGGCUGGGGGACUUCGUCCCGGCGGCGCGGCCCGGCCAGCCUUACAGAGCGCUGUACCAGGUGGCCGUCAUGGUCUACCUGUUCAUUGGUCUGAUGAUGAUGUACCUCCUACUGCGGACCUUCCACAAGAUGGCCGACGUCCACGGCCUGACCACGUUCUUCCAGCUACCGCGCUGCGAGGCGUCUCUGCUGGGCGACGACACGGAGCCGAUCGUCGGCAACGACCCGACUCCGCCUUGCCCGAAAGACAAGGCCGCCGCCAAACCUCUGGAUCCGGGAUCCCAACCGUCGUACAACUCCAUCAACAAAGGCUGAGCCGCCGGCGCCGGCGGGGGGGGAAGGAUUUACCUCUGGAGAGCCGCUGGGCUGAAUCUGAACUCUUGUUUUAAUUUAAUUCCAGAGGGAUUGACACGAGCUUUAAGGUUCAGCCUGUUGGCGGAUAUAAAGUGUUAAAACCAAAGUUGGAACAGAAAAACUUGGUAAAAAGCACAGGAAGCUGUUUAUACGUGUUAAACACUGGUGUUGAUGUUUACAGUCUCUAAAUGGGCACAAGACUUGGGUCGGUCUGCAGCUUUUUAACUAAUUCACUUUGGUCCAUUUGUACAUUUUUGUUUUUGUGUCACAUGUUUGGAUUUCUAAUACAGAACUAAUGAGUAACGUUUUUAUUUUAGCAGAACGUACAUCCGGAUCUGUCCGUUUGACUUUUGGAUUAUUAUUAAAUGAACGUCAGAUUGUUUAACACGCAACGGAUCUUCAGUCAAAUCGGUUGGUUGCUUAGUAGAAAACUGACAGCAUAUUGAGGGCCGCUGUAGACGGGGGUGAAAGGGAAUUUCUGCCAAAGAAAAUUACAUUUUGAGAUUAAUCUUAGAAUUAAAAAAAGAAAAACUUGGACUUUUGCAAGAAAGAACUCAUUUUGAAACUAUUUGAGUUUCUAAAGUUGAAAUUUUUCUGAGACCUCAAAAUUUGAGUUAUUCUGACUAAAGAUCAACUUAAACUCAGAAAUAUUCAAAUUUGACUUUUGAAAUUCAAGUUUGUUUUUUUUUUCUAGAAAGUUUGAGAUCUCAAAUUUUCUUGUAACAAAUUAAGAAAAUUUUAUAUCAAUCUCAAAAUGUGAGUGGUUUUUGCCAGAAAUUAAUUUAUAUUUCUUUUUAUUAUUAUUUUUUUUUUUUACAGUGGCCCCAGUACAUGGUGUUAGAAAACAGAAGGGGGCGCUGUUUGUGUCAUCUGCUGCCCCCUGGCGUCUGAUUCGUCAUGUUUGUGGGAUCCAUUGAAAACUGGAGCAAAUGGUUUCAACACGGGGAAUGAAGAGGCUGAACUCGUCCAUGGCUGGUUCUGUGUAACUCGGUUUGAAGAAAUACUUGAAAUGCACUUUAAUUAGUGAAAUUAAUGCAGAAGCUGCAGUGCUGAAAUAAUAACUGUUUUGUAACAGUUUAGCUAGUGCCUUAGUCAUAUUUAAAUAAAUGUUUUUCCUUAA